AGUGCAUCCACCAAGUGUACACGCAUACACUAGCUACAACAUCUUACUCUCAGUGGCAACUGGCAGGUGAGUGAGUGGAGCGCUAGCAGCAAUGGCGGCCUCCUCGUGGCAAGUGGCCCUUCUCGCCCUCGCGCUCUGCGUGCUCCCAGCCCUGCCGGCGGCGAGCGCGGCCCGGGCCUUCUUCAUCUUCGGCGACUCGCUGGUGGACAACGGCAACAACAACUACCUCCUGACGUCGGCGCGCGCCGACUCGUGGCCCUACGGCAUCGACACCCCGGACCACCGCGCCACCGGGCGCUUCUCCAACGGCAAGAACGUCGUCGACCUCAUCAGCGAGCAGAUAGGCUCCGUGCCGGUGCUGCCGUACCUGAGCCCGGAGCUGGACGGCCAGAACCUGCUCGUCGGCGCCAACUUCGCCUCCGCCGGCAUCGGGAUCCUCAACGACACCGGCAUCCAGUUCGCCAACAUCAUCCGGAUCUCGAAGCAGCUCACCUACUUCGAGCAGUACAAGCACCGUCUCGCCAAGCUGUACGGCCCGGAGCGGGCGGCGCGGGUGGUCGGCGGCGCGCUGACGCUCAUCACCCUCGGCGGCAACGACUUCGUCAACAACUACUACCUGGUGCCCUACUCGGCGCGCUCCCGGGAGUUCUCCCUGCCGGACUACAUCAAGUACAUUUUGUCCGAGUACAAGCAGGUUCUCCGCCGCAUCCACGGCCUCGGCGCGCGCCGCAUCCUCGUCACCGGCGUGGGCCCCAUCGGCUGCGUGCCCGCCGAGCUCGCCAUGCACAGCCUCGACGGCAGCUGCGACCCAGAGCUGCAGCGCGCGUCCGAGGCCUACAACCCGCAGAUGGAGGCCAUGCUGAACGAGCUCAACGCCGAGGUCGGCUCCGGCGGCGGUAAUGGAGCGGUGUUCGUGGCCGUGAACACGCGGCGCAUGCACGACGACUUCAUCGCCGACCCCAAGGCGUACGGCUUCGUCACGGCCAAGGAGGCGUGCUGCGGCCAGGGGAGGUUCAACGGCAUCGGCAUCUGCACCAUGGUGUCCAGCCUGUGCGCCAACCGCGACGAGUACGUGUUCUGGGACGCCUUCCACCCCACGGAGCGCGCCAACCGCCUCAUCGCCCAGAACUACCUCACCGGCUCCACGGACUACAUCUCCCCCAUGAACCUCUCCACCAUCCUCCAUCUCGACCGCCACCUCCACGACUAGAAGAUCGAUGGUUCAGCCUCGAUCAUUUGCAGUUCGAUUGCUUAUGCUUUUUCAUACCUGGCCUUCUUGAUUUUGUCAAACAAGACGUUAAUAAUAUAUUCAGUAAGUACGUGUACGUUAUUUCAGCUAGUGUGUCAGGUUGAGGUUCUAGCUAGUUUUGUGAUACGUGCUCAGCUAGCUUAGCCAGCAGAUAAAUCCAUGGUUACCAUCGAGGUACUUGUGGUGUCAUAUCCGUGUACGUGUCGUGUAUCUAGUACAGCCGGGUGGGUGAUAAUUGAAUCCUGGAUAUGAUCAAGAUUCUCGAUUGUUCAGUAUAGCUAGUUUCAUUGUCUGAAUCGAUUUUUGGCCCCUUGCAUAUCUGGCCCAUGUUUUA